AUGAAUAGAAACUUGAAAUUAGGUAACAAUAUUAAAUUUAAGGUAGGUGAAAUUGAGAAUCUUUCAAAAAUAAAAUUAGCUCGGUUUUCAGAGACAGGCACAAGAUUCUUUACAUAUGUUGAUGACUUAAAUUAGAUUUAUAUAAAUAAGAUAGAAAAUUCAAAAAAUUUCUUAGAUUUUAAAUUAUUCAACCCAUUUCAAUAGUAUUUUGCGUAAAGUCAAAAUGAAAUUUCAAGCAUCAUAUUUAGUAGUUCCGAAAAUGAAAUAAUAAAUGGGUCAAGUAAAGGAAUUAUCACUUUUAUAGAUAUUUCAACUUAAAAGAGUAUAUUAUAUAUUAUUAAAUACUUAGUUUAAACUAAUAUUAAGGGACAUUUAUCAUCAAUAACAUCAUUAGCAAUAUUUCCAAAUUAAGAACAUAUAGUAUUAAGUGGUGCAAUGGAUAGUUAGGUAAAACUUUGGGAUUCAAGAUCUAAAACUGCUGGAUUUACAUUAAAAGCACAUACAUUAUCAAUAAGUGCAUUAGUAGUUUCCCCUGAUGGUAAAUUAUUAGCAUCUGGUUCAAAUGAUGGAAGUGUGAAAAUUUGGGAUAUUCAUUAACAAAAAUUGUUGGCUACUUUUAACGAAUCUGAUUCUUCCAUUACAUGUCUAUAAUUUAAUCCUCUUGAUAAAGCAAUAGCUACAGCAUCAGAUGACGGAUGUAUUAAAUAUUGGGAUUUAGAUAAAUAUAAUUAGGUAAUUUGAAAUCUUAUAUAAUAAGAUAUCUUCAACCAAACCAGAUAAAUAAACAGUCUAUUCUAUAAGAUUUUGUAAUGAAGGAAAAUCCUUAAUAUCAGCAUAAAAUUUUUCAUUUAAAUUUUGGGAUUUGGAAAGAGAUGCUUUAUUAUUAGAUAAUGUUGAAAGUAAUUGUAAGGGCAUAUUGGAUACUUAUGUAUUUGAUGACAGAGAAUUAUAUAGUUUAUCAACUUAAAAUUAAACUGGUCUCAGUGUUUUUGAAUCAAAAUUAUCAAAUAUAAAUUUUAAUAGCAGAUAUAGUAUUGAUAGACAUAAGUAGCGAAUACAUAGUGAAAGAAUAUAAAGUUGUGAGAUUAACGAUUAAUUUUAAUAGAGAAAUAGUGUAAACAUUUUAAAGCCUAAGAAUUCUUAAAGAAUCUUUUCAAAUAAUGUGAAUCUUAAGCCACAGAAUUAGAAUUUAAUUGAAGAAUAGGGAUUCUAAUAAUGUAAUAAUAAUAAUGGGAAUAAAUUUGUACCUACAACAUAGAUACCUCAAAUGGUUAGUUACGAAAGUGUUAUGCAAGAAGAAGAGAUCAAAGAAAACUAAGCCAUAAAUUAAGAGGGUUAGAGCAUAUUGGAUUUAGUUACAAGUUAAGAUGAAGUAAAUUUAUCAAGUUUUGUAAUUGAUGAUGAAAACAAAUUGAAGUUUAUAUAGAUAGAUUUGAUAAAUGAGAUUGAGAAAGAUCACAAUAGAGUAAAACAAAUAUUGAAAUAAAGAAUAAAUUAUAUGAAACCUAUAAUUUAUUGGUGGAGUAACAAUAAUUUAAAAUCUGCCAUAAAUGCAAUAAAUUAAUUAGUUGAACCAUCAAUAUUAUUUGAUGCUUUAUCAAUGUGUUCUCAUAGUUCAAAGUUUAAAAUGAUACCUAUAGAAUAAAUGCCAUAAUUAUUAGAGAAGUGUAAAAUUCUAAUCGAGUCAAAAUAUUUAUCUCAUAUAAAGGGAGGAAUAGUGUUUUCUUAUAAAACAUUUUCAAUAUAUAGAGAUGUAUAAAAUUGUUAUUUAGCAAUUAGGAUAUUUUAACAAUAAAAUGUUUCAAUUAGAUGUCUAAAGUAGAUUUGAGUAGAGAGGAAAGAGUGGCUAAAUAUGAUAAAAUAGUAGAAUAAUUAAAGUAAAUAAUUUAAAUGUCAAAAAUAACAAAAUUAAUCGAAAGAAAUAAAGAAGAGAUUAGUGAUUUAGCUAAAAAAUUUUAAAUAGAAAUGUUAGGCAUGUUAAAAAGAAUUAAUUAAUAAUAAUGA